UCAUCUCCCUCCUUCCCUCCCUCACCCUCUCUCCCUCUUUUUGUCCGUGUAUGUCUGUCUCUCCAUUUCUGUACACUUCUGCUUCCUGCACUCAGCGUCUCUUGUCUCGUCUUACCUCCAUCUUUGCUACUCUCCGCCCCGUUUCCUUCUCCUCAUCCUGUAUUGCCUUCGACUAUUUUAAUCACUCGUUCCACUGUCGGCCUCUCUCUCAGGACCAUCCUGCUCAGCGUGAUCUCUCUGCUGAACGAACCCAACACGUUCUCGCCCGCCAACGUGGACGCCUCCGUCAUGUACCGAAAGUGGAGGGACAGCAAGGGCAAGGACAGAGAAUACAUCGAGAUCAUCAGAAAGCAGGUGGUGGCUACCAAAGCGGACGCAGAGCGGGACGGCGUCAAGGUUCCCGUCACGUUGGACGAGUACUGCGUCCGAACCCAAGUCCCACCCACAGACGAUGGCUCCAACCUCUUAUACGACGACUACUACGACGACGAGGAGCUGGAUGACGACGACGACGAGGAUGACGAUGAGGACUGUUGCUAUGACGAGGACGACUCAGGCACCGAGGACUCCUGACCUCGCCCGCCCCGCGACAUCGUCCCCCUGCUCGCCGUUCUUGUUCUCAACACCCCCAUCCCACCGCUGACCCUCUUCUGUCAUGAACUGAACUUUGAAUCCCCCUCUCCCCCCUUCUUCCCCAGUACUCACUUAGCACAGCCCCCGUCCACCUUCUGUCACAUGUGCAGUCACAGCGUGCGCACUAAAACCCGAUGCAUUGAAGAAAA